AUGUCCAUAUAUUCUGACGCAAUAGGAUCAAAUUCUUGUGUCUCUUCUUCUUGUGAAACUUUAUCUAAACCGAUCAAUAAUUCUCCAAUAUCAACAUUAUUAUCAUUGUCUAAUGAAUCUUUGUUGCGAAUAUUGGACUUCUUACGAGCUACUCCCUUCUUUUCCAAUAUUAAUUUUGCUGAUUCUAAGCCCAUUCCUCUUCUUUUAACAGAAGACAAUAAAGCUAAACUUAAAGAUUUGCUAAAUAGUGGUGUAUCCGGUGUAGUUGAAAUAGAAUGGGAUUUAUCCAACAAAGAUCAAGUUGUAAGUCGAAACCAAUUUCUUCAAAAAAAUAAUCUUAAUAUCGAUCAUGGUGAUAUAUAUUGUAAAUGGUCUAUUCGGCAUUCAAGUAAAAUAUUAAUUGUCAAACAAUGUAUAUGUGGAAGUUACCAUGAAAAGGAAAUUGCAUCUGGCUCUCGAGUUACAACAGCAUGUUAUCCCUAUGUAGGGUGUCUUGCAUUUGUUACAAUUUCUCUUCGUAAUAAUGAAAUUUGUGAUAUCGCAGGAUACUUGGAACAUUUUGAACAAUGUGUAAUUUCUCGACCACAACGUGACCCACCAUACCGACUUUUACUAUACAUAAGAAGCAGUGUUGAAAAUUUAUUAAGUCUUAAUGUAAAAACUUUAGAUAUUCUUGCUCAAAAUGCAAGAAUCGUAAAAAAUGUGUUUGGAAAUCAUACCUUGAUUGGAAACUCCAGAGUAUUGCUUACUGCAAUGGAUAUUACAAAUAUUAAGAAACAAAUACUACAAAAAAGCUAG